CACAGCAUACAAGUUAACCUUUUUUUUGUCUUCACCCCUCUCUCUACCUCCAAGCCACACCAACCAGAACUUAGCACAAUCCUGCGGUUCUGUGACCAAGACCAAGAAAAACUCCACAAAUCCACGAACCGAAGUCUUUCUCUUGCUUCCAUAAAGCAUAACAAACCUCGACAAACAUGGAGAUGCACAUGCUUGAACCACGCGCACAGGGACGCGGCCGUCGUCUCGCAGCCGGCGCCAUUGCCGGUAUCGCCAUCGCCGGCUUCGUCGUCUUCCUGGCCUUCCUCCUCUGCUGCUACUGCUGCUGCUUCCGCAAGAAGCGCGCCCGCAACCAGGAGAAGGUCCACUACGGCGGCCCUCCCAUGGCCCACCAGAACGGCGGCGGUGGCUUCAUGGGCAGGAUCAACGGCAUGAUGGGCAGGAAUAACGGAGUGCAACAACCCGCCCCCGCCCACUACCGCUGAUGAUGCAAUUGCGGGAUAGGGUUUGGAGGAGAGGGGACUGGGAGGGGUCGUUGGAUCGAAAGCUUAAUCGGAAUUGUUGCUGAGAUUGGAAGAUGGAAGAACGAAUGCCUGGCAAGAUUUUGAGCAUGCAGGCUGUCAAUACCCCAGCGAACUUUUUUUUUUUAUAUUUUUUUGCUAAAAUAAUGCAUAAUGAAUACUAUUAUUCAAUUCCACAAUUUCAAGUCUGCCUGAAGCUGCAGUCCAGCUCCGUGGACAAGGAGCAUCCCAAACGACU